AUGCCUUUGAAGAAGUCUGAUUAUAUGAGCGACAUCUGGAAAGAUGGCAUCUUCGCAAACAAGGUCGUCUUCUGCACCGGUGGAGCGGGCACCAUCUGCAGUGCCCAGGUCCGCGCGCUCGUCCACCUCGGGGCUAAUGCUUGUAUCAUUGGUCGCAACGUAGAGAAGACGGAAAGUGCUGCGAAAGAAAUGGCUGCUAUCCGACCCGGCGCCAAGGUCAUCGGCAUCGGUGCUGUGGACGUCCGCAAGUUCGAGAGCUUGAAGGAAGCGGCGGAGCGCUGUGUCAAGGAGCUCGGCUCCAUUGAUUUCGUCAUCGCUGGUGCUGCGGGCAACUUCCUCGCCUCCAUUGAGCAGCUCUCUGUCAAUGCCUUCAAGUCCGUCAUGGAUAUCGACGUUCUGGGAUCUUACAACACUCUCAAGGCAACUUUGCCGUAUCUGAUGGAGUCCGGGAAGAAACAUAGAAUGGACUCGGAAACUCUUACACCGUACCCUGGAGGCACCGGUGGAAGAAUCAUUUUCAUCAGUGCCACUCUCCACUACCGUGGAAACCCCUUCCAGGCCCAUGUCUCCGUUGCCAAGGCCGGCAUUGACUCCCUCUCCAAUGCCGUGGCCAUCGAGUAUGGCCCGCGGGGCGUGACCUCGAAUAUCAUCUCUCCAGGUCCCAUCGCUCAGACUGAGGGCUUGGAGCGCCUGCUUCCAUCCGACGCCAAGGCGGCAUACACCAAAGCGCAACCCCUCGGCCGCUUCGGACACGUCCGUGAUAUCGCUGACGCGACCGUCUACCUCUUCUCUGACGCCGGAAGCUAUGUCACCGGUCAAACCCUUGUUGUUGAUGGCGCGAACUGGCGCACGUCGUCCGGCAUGGGACCGAGCAACUCAUACCCCGAAAACCUCCUGUCCGGACAAGAGAUUGCCAACGUGACCGGCAAGAAGAAGUCUAAGCUCUGA